CCGCACACCCCGGCGGAAGAGGCAGAUUCAGGAAGCCAUUACGCAGCUGGCUGGCAGGGGCUGAGCCGGUCGGGGCUGGGCCCUACGCACUUUACGUAGCGAGGGGGGUUACCAAAGGCCUGGUGCUUGGCCUUGGGCAAGCCCGGCCUAUCCCCCGUAGAGGGGGGGUGGGUGACGAGCGAGGCUGAGGAAGAAGAGAAGGGGUAUUGGGGCCGUUAGGGGAUUAUAAUUUCUUUAAAAAGCAGAGUUGGGAGAGGUCAUGGCCGUCCCAGCCAAGAAGAGGAAGAUGAACUUCUCUGAGCGAGAGGUGGAGAUCAUCGUGGAGGAGUUGGAACUGAAGAAGCACCUGCUGGUGAACCACUUCAACGCUGGGGUCCCUCUGGCUGCAAAGAGCGCGGCGUGGCACAGCAUCCUGAGAAGGGUCAACGCCGUGGCCACCUGCCGCAGGGAGCUGCCUGAGGUCAAGAAGAAGUGGUCUGACCUUAAGACCGAGGUCCGUCGCAAGGUUGCCCAGGUCCGGGCGGCCGUGGAGGGUGGUGAGGCCCCAGGGCCCACUGAGGAAGACGGAGCUGGUGGGCCUGGGACAGGUGGGGGUAGUGGCGGCGGUGGCCCUGCUGUAGCCCCAGUACUGCUCACCCCCAUGCAACAGCGCAUCUGCAACCUGCUGGGCGAGGCCACCAUCAUCAGCCUGCCCAGCACUACAGAGAUCCACCCCGUGACCCUUGGACCCACGGCCACCGCAGCCGCAGCCACGGUCACCCUGACACAGAUCCCCGCAGAGACCACCUAUCACACGCUGGAGGAGGGAGUGGUAGAGUACUGCACGGCCGAGGCUCCCCCGCCCCUGCCGGCCGAGGCCCCAGUGGAGAUGAUGACCCAGCACACGGACGCCUCGGUCAAGCCACAGGCGCUCAAGAGCCGCAUAGCCCUCAACUCAGCCAAGCUGAUCCAGGAGCAGCGGGUCACCAACCUACACGUGAAGGAGAUUGCCCAGCACCUGGAGCAGCAGAACGACCUGCUGCAGAUGAUCCGCCGCUCCCAGGAGGUGCAGGCCUGCGCCCAGGAGCGCCAGGCUCAGGCCAUGGAGGGUACCCAGGCAGCCCUGAGCGUCCUCAUCCAGGUCCUCCGGCCCAUGAUCAAGGAUUUCCGCCGCUACCUGCAGAGCAACAUGCCUAACCCCGCCUCUGCCUCUGACCCUGGACAAGUGGCCCAGAAUGGGCAGCCAGACAGCAUCAUCCAGUGAGGGCUGGGGGUCGAGCCAGCCUUCCGCUGUGAUUGGAUGACACCGCCAUGGUCUUGUAAGUGGGCUGUGCAAUUGGCCUUAGGCUAGGGCCGGCCAUGUGGACAGCUCCCAAUGUGAGAGACAUUUAGGGGUCCACUGUUUCUGAGAAAUGAAGAAGAAUUUGUUGGGUUCCUGGGACCCCAACUCUCUUACCCCCACCCCUGGAACUGUCCUGCUAACAACCUGGGGGUCAGGCGCUGGUGAUGGGGCCCACGUUGUCAUGAGCCAGGGCUUGUGACAUGACCCAGACUCAGACCAGAACAACUAUAGGGAAGGCCGUCACUGGGGGCCGUCUCACAGCCGAGGGUCUGUGCUGAGAUACCCGCCGCCCCACCCAGGUGCCGUCCUUUCAGUAAGAUGUCCGUGGUGCUGGCAGUGGCACUUCUUCCUCCCUUGGGAGGCAGAGUGACUGGUGGGCGUGAGGAGGAAACCCCACCCUUAUCUCCUUCUCACUGUGCCUCAGUUCUCAGGGGACUCUAGUUAAUGCCAUGCUCUCCCCCAACCCCACCACACCCAGGCACAGCAGGGGCCCUUGUUAGUGCCCUGAGCUGCCCCUGCAGUACACCCAGGCGGUGGCCUGCCGCAGUGCCGGGUGUGGUGGGGACAGCUUGGCUGCCAUCUGGUCUUCCACUGCGUCCUUGGGCAGCCCUUUGGUGGUUUGUCCCGACAGCUUUGACUCAGGUCAAGCAUCAGGCUUUGGGUGCUGUAAAUGUUACUUCCUGCCCCACUGCAGUGGGUCUGAGGCUUCUUCCAGAAGGCUUCCUGCAAGCUAGUUGUAUUUAUUCUGUACACGAACCCCUCUGGGAAGACCUCUAGGACCUCGGAGGGCAGCUCAGACCCCACCCUUCCUCCUUGCCUCUCUACUGACUGUGCGUUUCCAAAACUCAGUGCAGAAAAAAGCCUGCCCAGUAUCGUAUCACAUCCUGGACUCCUUUCUCACAUCAUUCAGCACCUCAUGCUUUUGCGAGACCCUCACUGAUGGGUUGGGUGAAUCUGGAGGCCUGAUUGGCCCUGAAUGUGCAGCGUGGGAGAGUUGAAGCUGACCUAAGAAGUGGGAUCUUGGACUUCUGUGCUCGGGGAAGAGCAGACCAACCUCAGUGCUGAAAGAGGUGGCGUUCCCGGUUCUGUUCUGAUGUUUUCUCCCCAUUUGUACAGACUUUACCCGGAUGGCAUUUGUCUGUUUCAUUUUCAGAAUCACCAUCGAGACCCUUGCAUCUUCCCCAGUCAUUUCCCAAGUUUGCCAUUUUGUUGCUAACGCCUUGGCUACACGUGACCGAUAGUUACAACUCAAGGCUCCAGAUCUCAGCUAAAUAAUGAAGGUGCUGCCCUUCUGGGCACGUUUAGAAUCGCUCAGCUCCACUGUCGCAAUUACGGGAAGAUGCCCCCAAAGACGAUUAAGCAGUGACUUCUACACCACCAACCUCUCUGUAGGGGACGUGUGCAGUGCCAGCUACAGGGCAAUGGAGAGGAAUCAGGCUGGUGAGGGAGUUGGGUGGCAGCCUGUCUAGAAAACGGUGGCCCCUGGCAGCCUGGGCACCCGCCCUCCAUGGAGUCUACUGGCUCCAGCAGAGAAGCUUCAGGGACUCCCUGAGGGUUUGCAGCUUGGUUUGGUUACCUUCUGGGAUUGGCAAUCUGAACCAAUGUUGUGUCUGUUCCAAUUGGGUAUAAAGAGGAGGUUUAGAUCACUUAAACUGACUGGUUCUUUCCAGGUCAUAAUUUUAAAUUAAAGAAAUACCACUUUUUAAAAAGAAUACACAUAUCUGUGUCUUCACUGGUUAUAUAUGGAAGAUGUAUAGGCUUGCCAAGAGCAAGGGCCGGCACACUAUGUCCCACAGGUCAAAUCCGGCCCCCCAGCUGUCUUUGUAAGUAAAGUUUUAUUGAAACACA